AUGAGAGUUACUUCAAAUGACGAGAUAGAGGUAUACGAAGAAGUUGGAAGAGGUGGGUUCGGUGUAGUUUACCGUGGCAUAAUCAAAUCUAAUCUUGAGGAAGUUGCAAUCAAACAAAUCGACCUAGAGCAGGACACAACUGACUUGAUUGAAAUCAACAAGGAAAUACAAAUUCUUAGCGAGUGCCGAUCACCGCAAAUAACAUCCUACUACGGUUCAUUCGUCAAGAAUUACAAGUUAUGGGUCAUCAUGGAGUACGUUGAUGGAGGGUCGAUAUUUGAUUUGUUGAGCCCGGGCAAUAUCUCCGACGAGGCGACCAUUGCAUAUGUCGUGAAGGAGGUUCUAUUGGCGUUAAAAUACCUACAUAACCAGGGCAAGAUUCAUCGCGAUUUGAAAAGUCAAAACAUAUUGGUCAAUAAGAAAGGCGAAAUCAAAUUGACUGACUUUGGCGUUAGUACGCAGUUGAGUUCAAGUUUUUCCAAGCGAAACACUACGGUGGGCACUCCUUAUUGGAUGGCACCAGAAGUCAUAUUGAAUUCGGAGUCAGGCCAUGGUUUUAAAGCUGAUAUUUGGUCAUUGGGCUGCUGUGCUUAUGAAAUGUUGACGGGGAAACCACCGUUGCAAAACCAUAUUGCUCCAAUGAGAGCGUUGAGGUUAAUAUCGCAAUGCCAAAAAGAUGGUGAUUUCGCCAAACUUAUAGAGUUGGAACUGUUGGAUGCAUCACAGAGCUUUAGGGAUUUCCUAGGUGUUUGCUUUAUUGAAAAUUCAAAAGCCAGAUACGAUGCCAACAAAUUGUUGAAACACGAGUUUGUUAAUCGAAAUAUUGACAAUGGUUCGAAACGAAUUAGAAAGUUAAUUACUAGGAAACAAUUGUGGAUUCAGCAGAAUGCAAGCUUCAAACCACGAUCAUUUUACGUUGAGACUCAGAUGCGUGAUAAUCAAGAUAAAUGGAGUGACAAGGGUGAAGGAAAUUCCAAAGACACCGAAGUGCAAUUUGAUAUUAGUUCCAUCAGUCUUAGUGAUCAUGAUAACGAUACUCUUCGUGGUGGCCUGGUGCAGAAAGACCCUCUUGCUGAAACCAAGUCUCAUUUUGGAAAAGUACAUGCAAAGGCUAUGAGUAAGAUUGAAUCAAAGUACGGAUUACUGAAUGAUCAGUUGAAAUCAUUUAACCGUCUUGAAGAUGAAAUGACGGUGCUUAUUACAGAGACAAAUGAAAAAAUAGUUCUUUUCCAGUACUUAAAGUAUCUAUACAGGGAGUUAUCCAAAGAGAAGAAUAAACAAUUGGGGAAGCAAAUUCUACCUUCAACCGCACAACGCGAGGAACCAACACCAAGCACAACGGCAUCAACAACUUCUUUAAAAAGUCAAAAUCAAUUCAACAAGUUCGAUGAAAUUGAACUGCGUCUUAUGGAUUCAUGUAUAAGGAAAAUGAAGGCACGACACGGCCGGCAUUAG